GCAUCUUGGGAUUUCCCAAGUAGCACGCAGGAGAAAGGGUCCUACCGGCCACGCACCCUUACCAAGAGAACGCAGGGGUUGCACUACAGGCAGACGGUCAAGCCAUGGCGCCGGCAUUGCUCAUCCCUCCCGAGGGGAAAAGGAAAGAGGGCUGAGACCAUUCAACGUUUGUUCCCCUGUCCUUCGUACUAACCACUCCUUUCAGACUUCCUCCUUCCACCCUCUCUCACUCGGCUGUGUAGCAACCCUUUCCCCGCUUAGCUCGGCACAUCUGCUGAGGCUAGGAGCUCCCACCUCUACUGGAUGCGCUCUGACCGUCUGUGCAGCCUCAAGUGAAUACAGCAGGGACGGCCGCCCCUCCCUUCCCCAUUCACUGCCUCAGCCUCAAGAAGCUCAGCGCCGUCCUUGUACAUAUGCUUCAGGACCCUCAACACUCUGCUUAGCUCUCCCUCUUGUAGAUACAGAUACAGAUACUCUCCGCAAUGACCUCUCAUUUCGCUCGCCCUCCGCCGGAGAGCACACCCUCAGACCUGGUGUCUCUCGCAUCGGAUAGCAGUACCUCCGCCAAUGCCACCUCCAUCGUCUCAACCCUCCAGCAGCGCUUUCGUUCAGACCUUCCCUAUACUCGCCUCUCGCCCACACAACUCGUCGUACUCAACCCUCUCAAGAGUCUGGCAAGCUCCAGCGAGGCAUCUGCUGAUGACUACAGGAAGCAAACCUUCAGCGAUGUGAAUUGGGAGGCCGAAGGAAGGCCGCCUCCGGAGAGCGCUCUGGCGCCCCAUCCUUACGAAUUCGCUGGCAGGGUCUACCACACGAUGCGGAGGACCGGAUCUUCCCAAGGAGUGGUAUACGAUGGCGCCACCGGCUCGGGUAAGACGUCCACUGCUCAGCUCUUCACUUCACAGCUUCUCCGUCUAGCUAGCGCCUCGAGCAAAAGGGAGCACAAGAUGGCAGAGCAGAUCCGCAGCCUCGAUGUUCUAUUGAACUCCUUCGGAUGUGCGCAGACCACCGCCACCAGCAAUGCGUCCCGCUUCAGCCGUUUCCUGGAGCUACACUUUGAUACUUCCGGUCGUCUGGGAGCUGCACAGACUUUGACCUUCGGUCUGGAUAAAAGCAGGGUCAAUGCACUAGCUUCGGGUGAAAGAACCUUCCACGUCUUCUACCAGCUACUCGCUGGCGCUACUCAUGAGGAACGAGAUCUAUUCAAGCUCGACGACGUCACGAGUUACUCUCUUCUCGCAUCUUCUGGUUGCUACCGAUUGGCAGGGGGACCUUCGACCGACGACAGUGUUGGCAUGGGCGCUUUGCGUGCAGCUAUGAAGACGCUCGGCUUCAAAGAGAAGCACUCCCAAGCAGUCUUCUCCUUUCUCUCUGCCAUACUUCUCCUGGGUAGCAUCGAAUUUGGAGAUCACGCAGGCAGCAGUUUCUCGCUUGGCGGAGAACCUGCGCAGGUGACGAACCCCAAUGUUCUCGACGACGUGGCAGAGAUGCUGGGUAUCAACCCCGAAGAUCUAACGCAAGCGCUGACCCACAGGUCUCGCUUCAUUCGGCAAGAGUCAGUGACCGCCGUUCUUGACAGCGCUGGCGCUCGAGCUCAGAGGGACAGCCUAAUGCGGGACCUCUAUGCCACCUUGUUCGCCUUUGUCGUCGAGACUGCAAACCAUAAGCUCGCCCCUGCUGACGACGCUGCGUAUGCGGCCAAGAUCGUGCAGCUAGACAUCCCUGGCUUUCAGCAGUCGAGCCACACCGGCAAUGCCUUUGCCAACUUUGUGAUCAAUUCCUCUGCUGAGUGCUUACGCAAUUGGCUGUCUCGACGCGACUUCGAUGACUCUGUUGGUCCCAACGCGGCUCUCGCGAGAGAAGGCAUUCGCCUGCCCGAUGUAGAGCACAGCGUAGACGGCAAGAGAUGCGUGGAGAUGCUCAGAGGUGGAGUCGUGGGCUCUGAGGUGACAGAUCGUGAUCCGAUUGGCCUCUUUGGACACCUAGCAAGUGCUGUCGAUGACGUCUUGUCCGGUGACGCCAGAGAAGAGGACGACGCUUCCUUUCUCCAAAAGGCGGACAGGAUGGCGCCCUUCACCCCUUCAUACAUCGCCUCGACCAAAGCUCAGCCUCAGAGCCGGAGUUCAGGAACAUUUGCCGUCAACCACUACAGUGGGCAGUGCAAGUACGACGCCACCAGCUUCGUCUCUCGGGAGAUGAACGCCUUUGAUCCGACGUUCCUGCAGAUGCUGCGUCGCUCACAGGUCGCUUUUGUCGCGCGGCUCUUCGUCGGACCAAGCCUGGCGACUAUUUCGCACCCCUAUGACCCCAAUUCUAUAGUCGGGGCCCAGGUUUCUGUUCGACCCCUGCGUCGACCUUCUCCACUGUCCGAAAACGGCGGUGUUCAGCCGCUGCUGGACCCUCUCAAGCCGUAUGGUAUCACGAGACAGAUGAACAGCACUCUCAGCGAGAUACUCCGCACUGUGGACCAAGCUGGUCGAGUGUGGCCUGUCUUGUGCAUACGGCCUAAUGACAUCUCUCAGCCAGGUUCAUUCGAUGCACGGAGUGUCCAGGCUCAAGUCGCAGCACUGGCCUUGCCAGACCUCGUAGCUAGGAAGAAAGUCAACUACGUACAGGGUCUAAGCUACGCCAGCUUCUGUGAACGCUAUCAUGAGUCAGUCGAGCCUGCAGCUGCUGCCGUAGGGGGAGUGACAGAGCCAUCGGAGAAGAUUCAAGCAUUUGUCAUCGCGAAUGGGUGGAGAGAAGCUACAGACUAUGCUUUCGGAGCUACCAAGAUCUGGCUCGUCUAUAGCGUCUGGAGAAGGAUGGAAGACAGGCUGAGAAGAUCCGAAGUCGCAGAUCCUUCGCCCAUACCAAAACCUACCUUGGCAAGUGGUCAUGGCGAUCACACGGCCUCUUCCUCCGCCUCAACUUCGUACCUUCCUCGCAUGGAGCGUGAACAAAGCUUGCCGGACGUCUUUGACGACGAGCAACCAGCCCUUCCAGCUGCGAGCGAGACUGAUUCAAUGCUCCUCAGACGAUCCUCGGAGGCUGCGCCUACAAACCCAUUCUCAAGCGUAGCAAACGGUGAUUACGACAGGGCGCUUGCGGAUCACCAGCUUGAUGCGGGUUCUCUGUACGCUAAUGAAUGGAACGACAAGCGUGCCUAUGGGGAUAUCAACCCUCUGCUUGCUGAGAAAGCUGGCGACAGGGUGCCUCGAGCCAUCGAUGCGGUCGAAGAGAUUCCGACGACUUCGAUUCGACGAUGGUGGGUUCGCUUCACCUGGCUGUGUACUUGGUACAUACCUACCUCGCUUCUGGCUAAGUGGGGAGGCAUGAAGAGACCUGACGUCCAGAUGGCAUGGAGAGAGAAGGUGACGAUCUGCAGCAUGAUCUUCUUCCUCUGCGCAACUAUUCUGUUCUACAUCCUGGCGUUCGGAAAAUUGCUCUGCCCCGAUUCUGACAGGGCUUGGAAUACAGACGAGCUCGCCACACACGCUGCUUCAAAUGAUUACUACGUCGCAAUUGCUGGUACUGUGUACGACCUGAGCAAGUUCGUCAAGCUCCAGCAUUCCGAUACGUCUACCGAAGUCACUGAGGAUGUAAUGCUGGAAUUGGGCGGUCUCGACCUCACUGCGUACUUCCCAGUGCCCAUGACGCUUGCUUGCCCUGGUCUGGUCACGAGCAACACGUUCACGCUGGAUGUCAAUUCCAAUUUGACGGCUACCUACACCCAAGCCGUUCACACCUCGGGAACACUUCAAAGUGACAGCUCUUCGGCGCUGGCGAACAGCACGUGGUACACAGACACUCUGCAGCCCUUCCUCAAAAAGUACUGGAAGGGCUACUACGUCUUUUCCAACUCUGAUCUGGCGGAGCAGAGCACCUGGAGGACAUGGGCUGCCAUUGACUCCAAGGUCUACGAUCUGACGAACUACCUUGACACGGUUGAUACUGCCACCAGCGGUACUCUCGAGAACCAGAAUGUCAACUUUCUCGACUCAAGCAUCGUCGACCUGUUCGGCCAGUCGCCAGGAGGAGACAUUACGAAGGACUUCAAUAGUGUCAUCUCGAGUAUGAACGAGACAUAUCGCGAGCAGAACCUCAAUUGUCUCAACAAUGCCUUCUACGUUGGCAAGACUGAUUUUAGAGAUACUGCAAGGUGCUUGGUACAGAACUAUCUCCUGUUGGCGUUUUCGAUUAUCCUCGUUGCUACCAUUCUCUCCAAAUUCAUUGCCGCAUUGCAGCUCACUACCAAGCGCAAUCCAGAGCAGCAGAACAAAUUCGUCAUUUGCCAGGUCACUUGCUAUACCGAAGGCGAAGAGGAGCUGCGCAAGACAAUUGACUCGAUCGCUGGUCAGAAGUAUGACGACAAGCGCAAGCUCAUAUUCAUCAUCUGUGACGGAAUGAUCAUCGGUAGUGGUAACGAGCUUCCCACGCCAAGAAUCGUUCUGGACAUCUUGGGAGUCGAAUCAAAGGUCGACCCAGAGCCAUUGAUGUUCAAGUCAAUCGCCGAAGGCUCCAAGCAGCUCAACUAUGGCAAAGUCUAUUCUGGACUAUAUGAGUACAAUGGCCACGUCGUUCCUUACAUAGUUGUCGUCAAGGUCGGGCGUCCAAGUGAAAGAGUUCGCCCCGGCAAUCGAGGCAAGCGUGAUACGCAGAUUCUAAUGAUGCGAUACCUCAAUCGGGUCCACUUUGAUGCGCCGAUGUACCCACUCGAGCUGGAGAUCAAUCACCAGAUGAAGAAUGUGAUCGGCAUCGAUCCGACCUUCUACGAGUACGUCUUGAUGGUGGAUGCCGACACGAGGGUGGAGUCUGACGGCCUCAACAGGCUCGUCGCAGUUGCCGCCGAUGACUCGAGGAUCAUCGCCAUCUGUGGAGAGACAACGCUGGACAACGAGCAUGGCUCUUGGUGGACAAUGAUACAGGUGUACGAGUACUACAUCUCCCAUCACCUUGCCAAGGCCUUCGAAUCCCUCUUCGGCAGCGUCACCUGUCUUCCAGGUUGCUUCUCAAUGUAUCGACUUAGGAGCGCCGACAAGGGACGACCAAUGUUCAUCUCCAACCGCAUCAUUGAUGAGUACUCGGAAAAUCGAGUGGAUACGCUUCACAAGAAGAACCUCUUUGCCCUUGGUGAGGACCGUUACUUGACAACGCUCAUCCUCAAGCACUUUCCGACUUUCCGAACCAAGUUCACAGCGGAUGCUAAAGCUCACACUGCUGCUCCAGAUCGCUUCAGCGUUCUGCUCUCUCAACGUCGACGAUGGAUCAAUUCGACGGUACACAAUUUAGCUGAGCUGCUGCUCAUGCCGGAGCUCUGCGGUUUCUGCCUGUUCUCAAUGCGCUUCAUUGUGUUCAUUGACCUACUGGGCACAGUCAUUCUACCUGCAACGGUCGUCUACUUGCUCUACCUCAUCAUUACCGUCUCGACAGGGACGUCAGCCUUCCCUCUUAUCUCCAUUGUGAUGAUUGCAGCAGUAUACGGGCUUCAAAUGAUCAUCUUCCUAUUCAAGAGGCAGUGGCAGUACAUCGGCUGGAUGGUCAUCUACCUCUUGGCUUUCCCAAUCUAUUCAUUCUUUCUGCCAGUCUACUCCUUCUGGCACAUGGACGACUUUUCCUGGGGAAACACGAGGAUUGUCGUUGGUGAAAAGGGCAACAAGAAGAUCAUCGCCGGUACGGAUGAUGAGCCUUACGACGAUUCCAUGAUUCCCUUGAAGCGAUUCAGCGAUUAUCAGCGAGAUGUGUGGGACAGAGGCUACAGUGGCACGGCAGCUGAUAUGCCAAGGGAUGGCGACAGCUUCGACUCUCUUCGUCUUCAGCAGGGAGCAUUCUACGCUCCGGGUCUGAACGGCAGCAUGAUGUUCCAAGGGGCGCAUACCGGAAGAACCGCCUCCCCGAGAGGUUUUUCUGUAUACCAGAGUCCCUUCGAUUCUCCUCUGAGGGAACCUAGCCGCCCUGGCAGUAUGUACAAGUCGCCCUCAUAUGCCGGGUCGGCGACUGGCGCAUCGGAGCGAGCAAGCGGUGACUACUUCCAGUCGACCAAUGUUCUCGAGAAGCCGAGAUAUUCGCGCAGCAGCUCUCAUGCAUUCAACGACGGCUCACGCUCACGUUCUCCUUUGACGUCUUUUGGUGGACCACUUAAUUCCUCGGCUUCUCAAUUGAAUAUGGCGACGCCAGGCUCGAUGGCUCGUGCCUCCAGCCAGAUGUCGAUGAGCGGUGGGAUGCCCCUCUUGCCGCAUAUGAACUCGAUGCAGGGUAUGCCAUCACCCGCCUUUGGUGUUCAAUAUCCAUCCAUGUACGGCUUUCCAGCUGCCGGAGGCUUCCCGACAAGCAACUCUGGGAUGCUGCCCAGCCAGUCGAUGGACAUGCUCAACCGGCAAAGCUCUGGAAUGGCCCUCGCUGCGCAGUACACUGGUGGAUCUGCUUUCAAUCCGCGCUUUUCCACGAUGACGGGAGGCGCUGGCAAUGGAGGCGGCAUGGCCAAUCCCUUUUCGUCGACACACAAUCUGGGCAGCUCAACACCUGAGAAUGUCCUUCCGGUCAGCCAUAGCACAGAUCCGAGCGAGGAGGAGCUCAAGUCGGCCAUCAUCUCCUUCCUGGGAGCUCAGACGGACCUGUACAGUGUGACGAAGCGCAACGUGAGGACUGCUGUGGAGGAUAGCUUUGUAAAUGCGAACGUAAAGGAGAAGAAGGCGUUGGUGAACCGACUUAUCGAUGAGGUGCUGGAGGGCAAGUCGUAGAGAUGUGGGCAGGGAACAGAACGGAACGGAGCGGGAUGUGGCUCCGGAAUGACUGCGACAUAGAGUUCCUCUUUUCCUUGGACCCCCUCCACCCGCCUUGUCUCCGUUACGAUCUGUAACAGCAUACGAACAUUGCCUUGCCAGUGACCCUUUCCAUCAGAAGUAUAGAUGUGCAUCUCGCACUCUGCGAGCUACCUACCC